AUGGAGAUCAAGAGCAAACUGGACGGUAUUGAACCUACACAGGUAGAUAGAGCCAUUUUAGAGAGUCAAAAAGCAAAAAGUGGUUCCUAUAGUCCAUAUUCAAAAUUUAGGGUCGGAUGUUGCAUACUGACAAAAGAUGGUACUUAUAUCACAGGAAGCAAUGUGGAGAAUGCUACGUAUGGAGCCACCAUAUGUGCAGAAAGAGCUGCUAUCGUGAAAGCUGUCACAAGCUCCCACAGAGCAGAUUGGGUUUGUGUCGCUAUCAACAGCGAUAUGAGAGAUAAUUACAUUCCGCCAUGUGGAAUCUGUCGGCAAACGAUCAGAGAGUUUGGAAAAGAAGAUCUGCCAAUAAUAAUGACAAACUGCGACACCUCUGUCAAAAAAAUUAUGACCCUCAAUGAACUAUUGCCAGAAAGCUUCGGCCCAGAUCACUUUCAUAGGUGA